ACUCACACCCGCCCUCCCACCCACCUCCUCGUCUUCCUCCCAGCUCAGAGCUUCGCCAUCGCAAACCGAAAUUCUCCUCGCGUCGCGUCGUCGAUCUCCUGCAACGCGGCUCCGCUUCUCUUCUCCUUUUCGGCCGGCUUCUCGACCUUCCUGCGGCACUUGUGGUGUUGGUGCGCGCUGCUGCCAUGGGGAAUCACAACAAGUUGCUGCAGUUUCUGCGGCCGGACCCGGCGGUGGCGGCGGCCAGGUCGUCGGAUGACGAGGACGAGGACUACGCGUCUUGGUCUCCCUCUCCGAUGACUAGCACGAGCGGGGCCACCUCCGCGGCCGCGUCGCCGUCGCCGUACGUCAUGUCACCGUGGGCGCAGCUCCCGGGCCUCGGAGCCGACUCCGUGGGCGUGUCGGAUGCCAGGACGAGGCUCCUGGGGUCGCUCGUCAAGGAGGACGGACACGUGUACUCGCUGGCCGCGGCGGGGGAACUGCUCUACACGGGCACGGACUCGAGGAACGUGCGGGUGUGGCGGGACCGGCGGGAGCUCGUCGGGUUCCGGUCCGGGAGCGGGCUCGUGAAGACCAUCGUGGUCGCCGGGGACGGGAGGAUCUACACGGGCCACCAGGACGGGAAGGUGCGGGUGUGGCGCGCGUCGGCCGAGGACUCCGCCGUGCACCGGCGGGUGGGCUCGCUCCCGCGGCUCAGGGACGUGGUGACGAGUUCCCUCUGGCCGUCGCACUACGUCGAGACGCGGCGGAAGCACAACGCCCUGUGGCUCCGGCACUUCGACGCCGUGUCGUGCCUGAGCCUGGACGCGGCCGCGGGGCUGCUGUACUCCGGGUCCUGGGACAAGACGUUCAAGGUGUGGCGGCUGUCGGACUCGCGGUGUCUUGAGUCCGUGCGCGCCCACGAUGACGCCAUCAACACGGUGGCGGCGGCGGGAUUCGAUGCGAUAGUGUUCACGGGGUCCGCGGACGGGACGGUGAAGGUGUGGCGCCGGGAGGCCUGCGGGAAGAAGGGCCGCACGAGGCACGUCAUGGAGCGGGUGCUACGGAAGGGCGAGAGCGCGGUCACCGCCGUCGCCGUGGCGGCCGAGGCGCGCGUGGUGUACGUCGGUUCGUCGGACGGUGCCGUCACCCACUGGCAGUGGCGACGCGGCGGCGGUGAGCCAAGGAAAGGAGGCGCGCUGCGGGGGCACAAGAUGGCCGUGCUCUGCCUCGCGGUGGCCGGGCGCGUGGUCGUGAGCGGGUCCGCCGACCGCACCAUCUCCGUGUGGCGCCGCAAGGAGGGAGCCGACCACGAGCUCCUCGACGUGCUCUCGGGCCACACGGGCCCCGUCAAGUGCGUCGCCAUGGACGAGGAGGAGGACGCGGACGGCGGCGACGGGCGACGGUGGGUUGUGUACAGCGGCAGCCUCGACGGGUCCGUCAAGGUGUGGCGCGUGCCGGACAGCUCGCCCGACCCGACCCCCGCUCGGACGCCGGCGCACGCGUGGAAGGGCGCGCCGUCGCCGCUGCACUCGUGGACUCCGUACGCGGUGGCGCCGGAGCCGGAGCUGAAGCGCAUGACCGCGGGUUGAACGGGAAACGCCACGCGCGCGCCCGUGCGAGAGAGUAGAAUAGCCUAGGCUGCACACGACCGUGUACGUAGAAAUUGGAUUUUUAUACGACGUAUGUACGUAUGGCGUAUUGGCGUUGUGUGUUUAUGUAUUUCUGUGCCGUAUGAAGUAUUUCUAGCCAGGCCGCUGAAAAUGGACGGCCGGACGUGGA